UGCACACACCACGUAAUCAGAAGCGCGAGAUGGACAGCAGUUGAGAUCUAAUUUUAUUAGCAUCCUCAACAAAUGUUUGUAUUAUUUUAAUUAAUCAGCUUUACAGUCGGUGCUUUGUUUGUAGUUUGAGAGACAUGUUUGUGUGUCGAGGAGCGAGGCUGUCGGCGAAGGCUUUGGAGCAGGGUUUCAACUCCACGACAGGGGCAGCGGCGCAACUUAAAACAAACAGACUAAAGUUAGUUGACAUUACCUGCACAUUGCCAUUACGUAACAUCCAAACAUUCAAAUGCUCCCGAGCUUUUUGUGGAUAUAUCGGUGGUGGUGGUCGGGAAACGGAUGAUUCCGCACUUUCGCUCGAUGGAAAGCGAGAAAAAAGGGAGAAGGACAUGUUUUCCGUCAAGAACCGGGACUCUGUUCGUUUCAUAAUCACGCAUCAGCAACAAUUAACUCGAGUACAUUUGGUUUCUUUAAAUCUCUCCAACAAAAGUAAUGGUGAAAGUUUAUUCAGCCGUACACAUAACGUCACUAGCUCAACGCUUUAUCGGACGAAUGGAGGCCAACGCUGGCAGAAUAAACUAUACGUAGAUGCACUUGAAUCUGUGUUUACGUCUGGCGCCAAUGUCUGCAAUCAUCGAUUAUAUCCCACAUUGACUGUGCAAAUGAGACCUUUUUCCUCGGUUGCUGUUGCUCCCAAACGGGUGGAGGACUCGCCCGCAGAUCACAAAGUGCGAAUCCACGGGCAUUGUGGCCUGGUCGGGUGUCAACAGUAUAUCCCUCACGUCCGACUCAUUGAAGAAAAACUCUUCGUUCAGUUUGAGAACCAGACUCCAAAGCAGGCCUCAGCCAAAGUCCCUGAGUUACCGGAGCCUGAGGAGGACAAACCUAGCAAGACCCAGCAGCUGAAGAAGAUCUUUAAGGAGUACGGAGCUGUAGGAGUCUCCUUCCACAUAUGUAUGUCCCUCAUGUCUCUGGGCAUGUUCUACCUCACUGUGUCCAGUGGGAUCGACAUGGCUGCGAUCCUGUACAAGAUGGGAUUCAGUGAAUCUCUGGUUCAGUCCAAGUUGGCGGCGGGUACCAGUACGUUUGUCCUGGCGUACGCCAUCCAUAAGCUGUUUGCUCCGCUCCGUAUCAGCAUCACUGUGAUAUCAGUGCCUCUUCUUGUACGAUACCUCAGAAAGAGUGGCCUCUUCAAGACACCCAACUCGCCUACACACUGAGUGGCUGAGACCCCAACCUCCACUAACUUCGAUAACUGAGACUUUCCAAAUAUGACCAUUACCAUUUCUGGAAUCAGGAGGGAAUAAGCGUGAGAAAUUCUUCCAACCAUCUCUAAUUUUUCAACUGGAAUUUCUGCAGGAGAAAAAA